AUGGGCCUCACACCAGUGCAUUUCUUUUCUCAUGGCUCCACGAUGAUGCUCGGCGAGGAGUCCGAGAGUGCCGAUUACUGGAAGAAGUGCGGAGAUGAGGCACUGGCACAGAAUAUCCAAGGCGUGGUCAUUAUGGGAGCCCACUGGGAUUGCAUGGGAGACAAGAUCGAACUGGCAACCAAUCCCAACCCGGACAAGAGCCCUGUCGCCUACGUGCAUCCCGACAAAUACCAGAACUACAAGCUCAACCCCGACCUGGAGACUACAGAGCGAUGCAUUACGAUGCUGGCCGCCGAGGGCUUCAACGUCAGUGGCAAUCCGAACUUCGACUGGAUCCAUGAUGUGUAUCUGAUUCUAAUUCGCAUGUUUCCGGGAGGAUGUCCACCCACGACGCUGGUCUCAGCGAAUGCGCGCUACGAUCCGCAUUUCCACAUGAAGAUUGGCGACACGUUGCGUCCCCUGAGACGUGAAAACUACAUGAUCAUCGGAACGGGCGGAGCAGUGCACAACCUGUACAGAAACAGAUGGGCCCCGAUGAUGCGGUUCCGGGACAAUUUUGCAAUGGAGACGGCCCCUGAGGAUUGGGCGAUGGAGUUCCGUCAGGCGUUCGAGGAUGUGGUGACCAAGACGUCUGGGGUGAACUUGCGCCGGGCGAUGACAAGACUGAUGAAGCACCCACGCUUCCGGGAUGCACAUGCGACCGACGACCAUUUCAUGGCUGCGUUGUUUGUGGCCGGCGCGGCCGGGCAUGAGGAGGACGCCAAUGCACCCGCGGUGCUGGGUGCGGAGAGUUGGGAAUUGACCAACAUGUGUAACUCGCAGUUCACGUUUGGGCGUUGGCCGAAGCAGAUAGCUGCAUAA